GUGUGGAGCAGAUGAAAACCAGUGAUGGGUACAGUCCCGAUUGACAUCAGGAGACUCUUAAUUGAUUGUGAGUAUUUUGUGGCUGAGAUUCUUCACGAUGAGAACCUAAGUGAAAGCACGGAAGAGACGCGGAACGUCCUACUGAAUAACUUUGAGGUCGUUAAAGAGAGAUUUCCUCAGGAAUUCUCCUUACGGGUGGAAGAAGACGUUUCUGAUGACAACCGUAGCUCCAGUUUGGGUCGCUCUGCUCCGUCAGAUGACGCCUCAGACUACCAGGAUGAAGUCUCCGAGUAUUUUGACGACAUCCCCUCAGUGGGAGCCCAGGAUCUCGUCAACAUCCUGAAGCAAGGCUACUUGGAAAAGAAACGAAAAGAUCACAGCUUCUUCGGCUCAGAGUGGCAAAAGCGUUGGUGUGUCCUGAACAACACAGUGUUUUACUACUUUGGGAGUGAAAAAGAUAAGCAGCAGAAAGGCUCGUUUCAUAUCGGUGAAUACGGCGUGCAGCUGGUGAGCAACCUGAGGAAAGACUCCAAGAAACGCGCCUGCUUUGAGUUCACCGCUCCCGGGCGACGCACCUUCCAGUUCACAGCCAGCAGCCCUCAAGAGGCCCGAGAAUGGGUGGACCAAAUUAAUUUUGUUCUCAGAGAUCUCAGCUCCAACUUCAUCCCCGUUGACGAUGAGGAGGAUGAGGAAACCUACGAUGACAUUGAAGGGUUGGUCACCUCUACCCUGCCAAUGUUGCCCAAGGCCUCCCAGAUCAGUAGGGGAGGAGGAGGAGGACAUGAGGCACUGGAGGCUGAAGAAGAUGGGGAUGAUAUCUACGAGGAGCUGCCAGACGAGGAGCGUUCAGAACAAGCGGAUGACGGUGUCGCGGACAACAAGCCAGCCUUCUCGUCAGAAUAUGCCAACUACUACCAGGGUUUAUGGGACUGCCAGGCUGAUGAGCCAGACGAGCUGGACUUUAAGAGGGGAGAUCUCGUCUACAUCAUUAGCAAGGAGUACAACAUUCACGGCUGGUGGGUCGGCGAACUGGAAGGCAGCAUCGGGAUCGUCCCCAAAGACUUCCUGCAACCCGCCUACAUCCUCUGA